AUGUCGCAACCAGUGACUGACUCGCUGUCGCGCGACGAAGCGCUCUUCCACUUCGCCAACAAAUGCCAACAAAAGCUCUUCAUUUGGCGCCAAUUCGAGGACUGUUUCAAAUGUCCGCUCGUGUUCUGGACGGCGAUCGACGCCCAGAGCGAAGUCGUGGUGAAGAACUCGACGAACGACGCCCUCUGGUGGGCGAUCACCGAAACCAAGAAUUCUUCCGAUUAUUUGCUUUCGAAAGAAGAGAAGAUUUUCUGCAAAAACCAAAUCUCGCCGAAAGACCAGUCGAUCCACAAGAUCUCCAUUUCCGGCGCAAACCACAACUUCUCGUGCGAAACACAGACCCUCGACGACGGCCGCAACAACGCCUGGCCGCUGGUCGUGGCGGCCGCGGUGUACGUCCUGCUGGCCGUCCUCUUCUACGGCGGACGACGUCUGUAUUGGCGCUACAGAGCGCGUCACGUGACGCAGAUCGCGAGCGAAGAGCCGGACGACAAGAAUGAGGACAAACGGCGGAAGCGCCUGAAGUCGUUGGACUGCUUUCGAGGAAUCACCAUUUUGAUGAUGAUCUUCGUCAAUGUGGGCGCCGGCGGCUACGAGUUCCUCGACCACGCCCCCUGGGACGGCUUCCACUUCGCCGACAUCAUCUUCCCGUGGUUCAUCUUCAUCAUGGGCACCACCAUGGCCAUCUCGCUCAAGAGCCAAGUGGUCAGACACAAGACGCCGCCCAAACUCAUCUUCUUCCAGAUCGCCAAACGCUCGCUCACGCUCUUCGCCAUCGGACUCGUCCUCAACUCCAACGGCGAAGCCAAUUGGCGGACGCUGCGCAUUCCUGGCGUUCUGCAGCGCUUCGGCGUUUCCUAUCUGGUCGUGGCCUCGAGUCACGCGCUCUCUCUCCUCCUCCACAAGGGCGAGCUGUUCGGCGCGCUUCGGAUCCACCAAUUGGUGGACGUGAUUCCCUAUUGGUUCGAGUGGAUUGUUGUCGCGCUCAUGACUCUCCUCUACACAAGUCUGACCUUCGGCUGGAAAUUCGCCGACAAUUGCCUCAAAGGAUAUGUCGGUCAGUAUUCAACCAAUCAGAACAACACACAAUCAAUCAAUCCAAUCGCAGGCCCGGGCGGCAUCGCCGACGAUAUGAGCGCCGUCGCGUGCACGGGAGGCGCCGCCGCCCACAUCGACAGGUGGCUCUUCACCGACAAACACCUCUAUCAGGGCUUCACCGCCAGACACCUGUACGACCCGAAGGACGAGUUCCACCUGAUCCACGACCCCGAAGGAGUGCUCGGCACCACCAACUCCAUAAUCCUGACGUUCCUCGGCCUCCAAGUCGGCAAAAUCCUCAUCUCGUUUCCGAACCCCAGACAACGCAUCGUGCGCUGGAUCGCGUGGGGCGUCGGUUGCGGCGCUCUGGCCGCCGCUCUGGGCGCCUCCGGCCUGAUCCCCGUCAACAAGAACCUGUGGUCGCUGUCCUUCGUCCUCAUUCCCGCCUCCGCCGCCUUCUUCGCCAUUUCCCUCCUCUACUACUUGAUAGACGUGCGGAACGUGUGGCCGAACGGCCAGCCCUUCCACUACCCGGGCAUGAACUCGCUCAUCCUCUACAUCGGGCAUCAGGUGUGCGGCUCAAUGUUGCCCUUCACCUUCAACGUGGACGAAGGUGAUCACGUGGGGCCGCUCGCGCGCGACCUCUGGACGACGACCAUGUGGUUCAUUGUGAGCGUGCGUUUGGCGCAAAACGACUUCUUCUUCACGGUGUGA